AUGUCUGAACUAAGGACCAGCGGCUUCUUUCGACCUUGGCAUAUCCCGGAGACCACGAACAAAGCUUCCGGGAUUGUCGAUACGCUCCAUGACACAUCGUGCAACAGACAGGAGGACGACGACGAGAGCGUCGUGUCUUCGGCGACAUCGACAACCUCCACAACGAGCUCGGCUACCGUGGAAAUAUCCAAAAAGUAUAACGAUCGUCUCUUAAAUCGAGAUACGGCGGACUCGACAUCGUUAAACGUUGUUCGUCAUCGCCGCCGCGCGAGGAGACGUCGAAGGAGCGAGUCCUCUGACGAUGUGGCGACCAGUACGACGCUUUCCCUUGAAGGCGAGGACAUCGUCGGAAGUACCGUGCAAGAUGCGAGGAACAACUCACGUGCUUUCCGUUCGCAGCAGCCAGUCAUCAAUUCGACGGCUUCCGCGGUUUCCGCUCGCGAUCCGGAUGUGUUUACCGGUUCCAGUGAUGUUAGUCCGCUGGAGUAUCUCUCGACAUUCGAGUUCCGACGAUCGGAGGCUUUCGCAUCGAUAAGCGAUGGAACUUAUUCGAUGGCGAAUUCAGAUAUCGCUGGACCAUCAUCGGCCGCGAACUCAAUGAUUCCCGAGUUAUAUUACGCCUUUACUGACUUUCAUUCCGGGAUUCAUCCCGGAAUUCAUCCCGGUAUACAAUCUAUGGUUCAACCGGGGACUCUUCCUUCAGAUUUUUAUAAUCGUUCCAUGGAGGAAGCGGUGCAGAUGGUGCACCGACAAGAUGUUGUUGCCAAACAAAUGAAGAAGAUGCGUCCAAAGAAAUUUCGCUGUCAGUAUUGCGACGUCGCGUUCAGCAACAACGGCCAACUUAAGGGACACGUCCGCAUACAUACUGGGGAGAGACCGUUCAAGUGCGACGUGGAAUCCUGUGGAAAGUCGUUCACCAGGAACGAAGAACUGACGCGACACAAGCGGAUUCAUACUGGUGUUCGGCCUCACUCCUGCGUUGUUUGCGGCAAGCGAUUCGGACGUAAGGACCAUCUGAAGAAGCACGCGAGAACCCACGAAGUUCGCGAUCCGUAUCGCGUUUCGGUGGCGGCAUUGGGCAUGUUCGCCCUGAGCCAUCCGUUUCAGCAAGCUACCGGACUUCCGCCAUACAUCUACCAGAUCUGA